AUGUCUUAAAUAAAGUUUUGCUUACACCAUUAAGUGUGUUUUGGACAAGGUUUGUACUUGGCUAAUUCAUAAAAUAAUUGGAAAAUAGAUGAAAGUUGUAGAAUGACAUGCAUUAAGGUAAAGAUGUGUUUAUUAAUUCAGUUUAAUCGAUGGGAACUUGAAUUCUAAGUUACAGACGAUAAAUUAGAAUACAAAUAUGUGAUAGCAGAUUAUGAUUAUCCAUAUUUUCAAACAUAAAUUUGGGAAAGAGGCCACAACAGAUAUUUUAGUAAAUCUAUAUUAAAUAGUUCAUAAACAAUAAGUAUUAAAUUGUAUUCAAUAAUAUUAUAGAAGAUAUGUGGGAGAAAAGAAUGAUUUCACUCAAAUUAAUAGCUAUAAAUACAAAUUCUUUAGCUAUCAUUAUUGGGAAUUUCCCUGCUUUGAAAUCUCCAAUUCAAAUGAAAUUAAGAGAAAAGAAGUUUAAUAAAUAUUUUACUGCAAAAUUUUACAUUGACUUCACUUAUUCGGAUGAGGUGAUACAAUUUCAAUACUAUUUACUUAUAAAAGAUCCUAGUAAUAGACUUUUUUAAUUUUAGCCCCUUUAGAAUUCAUUAGUACUCCAAUAACUCUUGGUAUUUCUGAAAGAAAUUAGGAAAUAUGUCAAGCAAUCUCCUUUUAUAGAAUUGCACUUUAUUGA